UUGGCUCCACCCCUCUCAUGUCUGGUGGUUUUUGAUUGGACAAACUAACCUCUCCACAGACAGACAGGGUUGGUGUCUAGAUGGUGCCUGCAUGUCAACUUGCACUAAUAUGGAUGUUUGUUUUGUUUGUGUUUGUUUGUGUUUGCAUCCUUUGCAGUGUUGUUUACCAGGAUGGAUUUUAUGGUGCAGAUAUUUAUGGGGGCUAUGCUGCCUACAGGUAUACUCAGCCUGCUGCCGCCACAGCUGCUGCAUUCGGUGACAGAGAUAAUUUGGUCCUCCUUGCAGCAGAUGAAAUGUCUUGUAACACCUCUACAGUUACGGACCAGUAUAUGCUGCGGACCCCUACAACCACCCACUUGCUCCAGCAGCCACAUACAGCAUUGGUGCCAUGAAUCCGUUUGCCCCGUUGGCUGAUGCCAAGACGAGGAGUCAUGCUGACGACGUGGGGCUGGUGUUGUCCUCCCUGCAGGCUAGCAUAUACAGGGGAGGUUACAGCCGCUUCGCCCCAUACUAACCCACCAACCAACCUCCCUAAAACCAUACAACAACCAAUUACUACCCUACCAACCAACCAACCUCCCCACAACCAAACAACAUCCAAUCCUUUUUGACAGGGAUACAACCGAGCAACCAACCAACCUCCCCACAACCAAACAACAUCCAAUCCUUUCUGACAGGGACACAACCAAGCAACCAACCAACCUCCCCACAACCAAACAACAACCAAUCUUUUCUGACAGGGACACAACCGAGCAACCAACCAACCAACCAACAAACAAACCACACAACCAACAAACCAGUAUGUGAGUGAGAAAGACAGAGAGAGUGAGAGACAGAGAGAGAGAGACAGAGAAUGAACUUUGAGGCCUGGGUAUUGCAAUAUAUGCUGUUGAGCAUGAUUUUAGCAGCUCCUAAGAGAGAGGGAAGUCAGUCAACUAAAAAGAAGGAUAUUUAUACCUCAGAUAUUGUGUGCUGUUCAUUUUGAUACAGUGGGUUUUUCAUUUGUAAAGGUCAGUAGAUGGUCCGUGUUGGUAGAGCUAUAGAAGAGCUACUAGAUUUAAAACCUUACCAUUGUAAAACAACACAUUUCAACUGUUCGGGCUUCGUGAAAAGACAAACCAAUCCUGUGAAAUACAUCGUAGAAUGAGAUCCCGUUUUGUAAGAGGGUUUACAUGAUUGCAGGGUUCGGAUUCCUUUGACAUUCUCUCUGUUAGCGUCUACGUUGUUUCCUAGCUACUGGGGUUAUGAUUAGGAACGGGGUUAAAGUUAAGGACUGGGCAAGUGUUAGGGUUAGGAUUCCUUUGACAUUCUCUCUGUUAGCGUCUACGUUGUUUCCUAGCUACUGGGGUUAUGAUUAGGAACGGGGUUAAAGUUAAGGACUGAGCAAGUGUUAGGGUUAGGAUUCCUUUGACAUUCUCUCUGUUAGCGUCUACGUUGUUUCCUAGCUACUGGGGUUAUGAUUAGGAACGGGGUUAAAGUUAAGGACUGGGCAAGUGUUAGGGUUAGGAUUCCUUUGACAUUCUCUCUGUUAGCGUCUACGUUGUUUCCUAGCUACUGGGGUUAUGAUUAGGAACGGGGUUAAAGUUAAGGACUGGGCAAGUGUUAGGGUUAGGAUUCCUUUGACAUUCUCUCUGUUAGCGUCUACGUUGUUUCCUAGCUACUGGGGUUAUGAUUAGGAACGGGGUUAAAGUUAAGGACUGGGCAAGUGUUAGGGUUAGGAUUCCUUUGACAUUCUCUCUGUUAGCGUCUACGUUGUUUCCUAGCUACUGGGGUUAUGAUUAGGAACGGGGUUAAAGUUAAGGACUGGGCAAGUGUUAGGGUUAGGAUUCCUUUGACAUUCUCUCUGUUAGCGUCUACGUUGUUUCCUAGCUACUGGGGUUAUGAUUAGGAACGGGGUUAAAGUUAAGGACUGGGCAAGUGUUAGGGUUAGGAUUCCUUUGACAUUCUCUCUGUUAGCGUCUACGUUGUUUCCUAGCUACUGGGGUUGUGAUUAGGAACGGGGUUAAAGUUAAGGACUGGGCAAGUGUUAGGGUUAGGAUUCCUUUGACAUUCUCUCUGUUAGCGUCUACGUUGUUUCCUAGCUACUGGGGUUAUGAUUAGGAACGGGGUUAAAGUUAAGGACUGGGCAAGUGUUAGGGUUAGGAUUAGGUUAGGAUUAUGGUUAAGGUUGGGAUUAGGUUAGGAUUAGGGUUAAGGUUGGGGUUAAGGUUAGGUUAGGAUUAGGGUUAAGGUUGGGAUUAGGUUAGGAU